AUGACGCGCGCAGACUUGGAGACGGGGGGGGGCACGGACUUGGUGGUGCCGCUGGCGCAGCUGGUGUUGGUUGUUGGUGGCGCACGCAGCCAUGAUGGCCCUCGCGGAGUCGGUGGCAGUCAGGCUCUAAAUGAUACUGCUUGCACAGAUAGCGAAGAUGGGCGCGAGCUUGGUGAUGCAGCUGGGCCUGGUGGAGUAGCACAUACAGUUGGUAGCCGCAGCGCUCGCCGACUUGUCAGCAACGACGGGCGAGGACAUGGAGGUGGUGAUGAUCACAGACUUGGCGAUGGCAGCCGCGGACUUAGUGGUGCGGCUGGCAUAGUCAGUGACGGCGACGCUCAUGAACUCGGCGGUGCUCACGGAAUCACCGGUGACUCGCAUGACGUAUGGGCUACUGUUACACUCGGGCGUGAUGAUACUACACCCAGCCGGGUUGCUGCUGCCGCACGCGGUUUGGGUUGCGGAGCUGCAUUCGCUCUUGGUGACGGCACUCAUGAGCAGCGCGAAGACUUUGAGUAG